CAAACACUGGAGAUGUCUACUUGUGCUGUGCCCCUGUCCAGUCGGCCAGUUUCUCUCUCUCUCUCCUUGUCUUUCUGUCUGUCUGCCUGUUUUUCUCUCUGCCGGACCAGGUCUCCUCCACCAUGCUGGUAAAAGCGCUCCUUCAGACCUCGCUGGUCCUAUGGCUGGCACAGCACACACUACAAGGAGGAGUGAAACCUCAAAGUGGCGGCAUGGGGAAAAUGCUACCCAGGGGGGCUGGUGCUCUUGGGAUACAGGGAGGCUAUGGAGCCAAGCCCGCCAAAACCGGAGGAGCUGGGGGUGGUCGUUAUCCAGGGGGGGCUCAGCAGCUUGGAGGAGGGGGAUACAGAGGCCCAGGAGGGGCCGGGGCUAGGGGAGGAUAUGGUAACGGAGGCCAGGGAGGCUAUGGUGCUGGUCUGGGAGCAGGAAAUGGCCAAGGAAUGGGGACGGGAGCCGGACUGGGCUCACAGGGUGGGAAACCACGUGGAGGUGGAGGAUAUGGUGGUAAUGGCUAUGGCACACAGCCAGGUUACGGGCCUGGAGCUGGAGCCAGAGGCUAUCCACGACCAGGUGCUGGAGCUGGGUAUCCCAAUGGACAGGGAUCUAAGGGACCAAAACCGGGAUAUGGUGCAGGAGCUGGAGUGCCCAAUGGACAGGGUGCUAAACCCAAUGGGUAUGCUGCAGGAGCUGGAGGAGUUCCCACUGGACAGGGUGCUAAACCAUCCAAACAGGGAUAUGGUGCAGGAGCUGGAGUGCCCAAUGGACAGGGUGCUAAGCCCAAUGGAUAUGGUCCAGGAGCUGGAGCUACCAACAGUGUUAAAAGCAAUGGAUAUGGUCCAGGAGCUGGAGUUCCCAGUGAUCAGGGAGCCAAAGGCAAUGGAUAUGGUCCAGGAGCUGGCAUUCCCAAUGGUCAGGGUGCUAAACCCAAUGGAUAUGGCCCAGGAGUUGGAGCACCCAACGGUGGUAAAGGAAAUGGAUAUGGUGCAGGAGCAGGAGUUCCCAAUGGUCAGGGUGCUAAACCCAAUGGAUAUGGUCCAGGAGCUGGAGCACCUAACGGCGCUAAAAGCAAUGGAUAUGGUCCAGGAGCUGGAGUUCCCAAUGGUGGUAAAAUCAAUGGAUAUGGUCCAGGAGCUGGAGUUCCCAGUGAUCAGGGAGCCAAAGGCAAUGGACAUGGUCCAGGAGCUGAGGUUCCCAAUGGUGGGGCUAAAAGCAAUGGAUAUGGUCCAGGAGUUGGAGCCCUCAACGGUGGUAAAAGCUAUGGAUAUGGUCCAGGAGUGGGAGAGCCCAAUGGACAGGGUGCUAAAGCAACCAAAACUGGCUACGGUGCUGGAGCAGGCAGCUACCCUGGGGCAGGAAACAACGGCUAUGGAGCAGGUGCCAGUCUGGGACAGGGAGGAUACCCCCAGGGUGGAGCAGGUGGAUACCCCCAGGGUGGAGCAGGUGGAUACCCACAAGGUGGAGCAGGUGGAUACCCACAGGGUGGAGCAGGUGGAUACCCACAGGGUGGAGAAGGUGGAUACCCACAGGGUGGAGCAGGUGGAUACUCCCAGGGUGGAGCAGGAGGAUACCCCCAGGGUGGAGCAGGUGGAUACCCCCAGGGUGGAGCAGGAGGAUACCCCCAGGGUGGAGCAGGUGGAUACCCCCAGGGUGGAGCAGGUGGAUACCCCCAGGGUGGAGCAGGUGGAUACCCCCAGAGUGCAGGAAAACCAGGCAAAGCUGGCGGUGGUGCUAAUCUGGGACAGGGAGGAUAUCCCCAGGGUGGAGCAGGAGGAUACCCCCAGGGUGGAGCAGGCAAAUCAGCGGGUUAUGGUGAUCAAAUGGGAGGAGCAUACCCCGGGGCUGGAGCGGGCAACGGCUAUGGGAAUGGUGGAGGCCCAGCUGGGGGGGCCAAUGCAGUGCCUGCAGGCUAUGGCAAUGGCUACGGUGCUAGUACUGGAGGCAAUGGUUAUGGACCCGGGAUUGGGUACCCAACAGUGUUAGCGGAUGGUGCUGCUGGGCUGGGAGGCAAGGCAGGGAAGGGAGCAGGAGGGGGAGGAGUCAGUCAGCUUCCUUACAAUGGAGCCCCAGUCAAUACUGCUGGACUGGAUGCAGGUGAUGGAAGCUUCCCUUAUGGUGCUCAGCAACUGGGCCUUGGUGGUGAUGGAGGCAAAUCCUCUGGCAAAUAUGGCAACGGUGGAUUGCCACAGGGUGCACAACAGGGUGCACAGCCUUAUGGACCUGCGACUGGUGGUGGGAAACCACCUUGCAAAAAUGGAAACGGAGGGGGCUUUGGAGCACAGCCAGCAGGCUAUGGUCAAGGACAGCUGGGUGCAGGUCAGAGUGCCCCGUACAGUAACGGAGCAGGAGGGAAGGAAAGCAAAUAUGGUGGUGGUGGACUGACUGGAUUCUUUGGAAAUGGAGGGUACAAAGGUUAAGUCAAUCAGCUGAGGCCUUCUUGAAGUGAAUAUUUGUUCCGUUCAGUCAUGUGUUCAUGGUGAUGUUUGUUGUUUGGUCUGUUGUUACAUUUAACUAUUCCAUUUUUGUUCUGUAUUUGUCUGGUUUUUUGUUCAUGGUCCUUGUCUUUUGUGUUGUUGUGUGUCUGUCCCCUCUCUUCCUCUACUGGUUUUGGAGAUUGUGUUGCCAGUGUGUUUGUGUUCAUAUCCAUUUCACACUAAAGGGCAGAAAGCAACCGUAUAAUGUCUGUCAGUCUCCUCAUUCUUUUAACCUUGGCACCAGUAUUGUAAAUGUACUGUACAUGUGAUGUGGGGGUUGAGUUUUAAGACUGAAGCUCUAUGAGUUUAAAUCAACACCAAAUAAAAUACAUUUUAAUGACCUGUU